CACCCUGCGGGCUCCUCCGCUUCCCGGUCUUGCUUUCCCUUUGGCUCUGUCCCCACUGAGGAGUCCGCUGUCCCAGCCAUGGCGCGUGCUACCGGACCCGAGCAGCGGCUGCUGGCCAUCUACACUGGCGGCACCAUCGGCAUGCGGAGUGAAGGCGGAGUGCUGGUACCUGGGAGAGGCCUGGCUGCUGUCCUGAGGACACUUCACAUGCUCCACGAUGAAGAGUAUGCCAGAGCCCACAGCCUGCCCGAGGAUACGCUGGUGUUGCCCCCGGCCAGUUCUGACCAGAGGAUCAUCUACAAGGUGCUGGAGUGCCAGCCACUCUUCGACUCCAGUGACAUGACCAUCACUGAAUGGGUUCAGAUUGCCCAAACGAUAGAGAGACACUACACACAGUACCAGGGCUUUGUGGUCAUCCACGGCACGGACACCAUGGCCUUUGCUGCGUCAGUGCUCUCUUUCAUGCUGGAAAACCUGCAGAAACCGGUCAUCCUCACAGGUGCCCAGGUUCCUAUCCACGAACUGUGGAGUGAUGGCCGUGAGAACCUGCUGGGGGCUCUGCUCAUGGCUGGCCAGUACGUCAUCCCUGAGGUCUGCCUGUUCUUCCAGAAUCAGCUCUUUCGGGGCAAUCGGACAACCAAGGUGGACGCUCGGAGAUUUGCGGCCUUCUGCUCCCCUAACCUGCCCCCUCUAGCCACUGUGGGCGCAGACGUAACAAUCAACCGUGAGCUGGUACGGAAGGCCAGUUGGAAGAGCCACCUGGUGGUCCACAGCAACAUGGAGCCUGAUGUGGGCCUACUGCGCCUCUACCCUGGGAUUCCCGCCUCCCUGGUCCGGACCUUCCUCCAGCCCCCACUGAAGGGCGUGGUCAUGGAGACCUUUGGCUCCGGGAAUGGGCCCACCAAGCCGGACCUACUACAGGAGCUCCGGGCGGCGGCCGAAAGAGGCCUGAUCAUUGUCAACUGUACCCAUUGCCUUCAGGGGGCUGUGACUUCCGACUAUGCACCUGGGAUGGCCAUGGCAGGAGCCGGCAUAAUCUCAGGCUUCGACAUGACAUCAGAAGCUGCCCUGGCCAAACUGUCCUAUGUGCUGGGCCAGCCAGGGCUGAGCCUGAGUGACAGGAAGAAGCUGCUGGCCAAGGAUCUUCGCGGGGAGAUGACACUGCCUACAACAGAUGACUUGCUGGGAGAUGACAUGCUGGGCUGCAGGGCCACAUGGCUUCUCAGUAUGAAUGGCAGCCAGGAUGCCGAUGCCAUGAAGGAUGUUCUGCUGCCCGGCCUGGCCCUGGCUGCAGCUCAUGCUGGUGACCUGGACACUCUGCAGGCCUUUGUGGAGCUGGGCAGAGACCUCAACCUGAAGGACUACAGUGGCCAGACGCCACUGCAUGUGGCUGCACGGAGAGGGCAUGCUUCAGUGGUCGCCAUGCUACUGCAGAAGGGUGUGGAUGUGGAUGCCUGUAAUGAGGACGGUCAGAGCCCACUGCUGCUGGCCGUGAGGGGCAGGCAUCAGAGUGUCAUCAGGCUGCUGAGGGCCGCUGGGGCUCACCUGUCUCCCCAGGAGCUGGAGGACGUGGGGACAGAGCUGUGCAGGCUGGCAUCAAGGGCGGACAGCGAAGGCCUGCGGGCGUGGUGGCAGGCUGGGGCUGACCUAGGACAGCCGGACUAUGAUGGACACUGUGCCCUGCAAGUAGCUGAAGCAGCAGGGAAUGCAGAUGUGGUGGCUCUGCUGCAGAGUCUUGAGGACAGGGUCAGCGCCCAGCCCCAGCCCCACUAGGUCUUGGGCUGGUCUGAUGCCUCCUCAGUGAACUCUCAUUGGUUUACGACUGGAUCCUGGCACCAGAGCCAGUUCUGGAGACGGCUAGAGGAAGUGGGCAUAAGAGAUGGGUCAUUCGUCCAGAGCCCUUCUUGGGGACCCCGAGAGUAAACACGGUCUUCGGGAGAUAGGGCUGGUGGGGCUUCGUGUAGAAGCCCAGCUCAGACCUUCACCCUACCCAGUCUGGAGCUGAUUGACUGGAAGGACCUAGGCCUGCUCCCAGCUGACAUCCAUCCCCACUGCUCUGGAGUUUUGAGGCUUGGCGGACUAUCCUCAACUCCUGGGACUGCCUGGAUUCCAUACACAAGGCUUCUGGGGUGGAGUACGGGGAGCCCUGCCCUGGAUGCAUCCCUGUAGUCCUCGGAAGACCUUGUUUCCAGGAAGUGCUCCUUGGCCCCCAACCUGUUGCAGCAGGAGCUGUGUCUUACUGCCCGUGGGACCUCACGCACAUACCAGCAGACUGGCUGCUAUGUUAGCACCAUUCUAGUUGGUGAGACCUCGAAGCUUUCAGAAGCCAGCUCUGUUCUGGCCUUGUUAUCUCCUGCAGCCAGGUGUCCCAGGAGCUGACUCAGAGCUAUGGACUCCUCCUCCCUAAGUUGCGGGGGCGGGGGGGGGGGUCGUCUUCUGCUAAACUGCUUCCCAGCCUGUUGGCAUGACAAAUCUGGAGGUCUUUGUUGAGUAGAAUGUCAAUAAAGCCAUCCGGACAGCUGCU